AUUUCAAGAUGAUAUUCAAAACUAUAUAUAUUUUUAAGGAUAAAAAAACAGUUCUUCAAUUCAAGCAUAUAAUAUUUGUCUUCAAUGAAUUUAAAGUUUUCUAUUUAUAGCACACCCUUUUAAUAAACCACCUAGCGUUUUAUAUAAUCAUUUGAAGUUAAAUGCAGGGUAUCCAGUGGCCACCACCUAAUCCAAAAACAUUUCAUUUAUUUUUGUAGCAACUUUUUCGCCGGCCAAAAAUGUUACGCGAGGCUCUUAGUCCGUCCGUCGUCCGAAUCUUGGGCGCCACUAGUGCUCCAAAGAUGGAGCCGCCAAAGGAGCAGCCAGAGUCGUCCUCCAAAGCGGAGAGCGGAGAUGGCAGCCUGGCCAAGCAGCUGCGGGCCAAAAUUCUGUCCACCGGACCCAUUCCUGUGGCCGAGUACAUGCGCGAAGUGCUGACCAACCCCCAAGCUGGCUACUACAUGAACCGGGAUGUGUUCGGUCGAGAGGGCGACUUCAUAACCUCGCCGGAAAUAUCACAGAUCUUCGGAGAGCUCGUAGAAAUUUGGCUGGUGAGCGAGUGGCGCAAAAUGGGCUGUCCCUCGCCCUUUCUACUGGUGGAGCUUGGUCCAGGUCGCGGCACUCUUGCUAGGGACGUGUUGAAGGUGCUCACCAAGUUCAAGCAGGAGUAUCGAACAAGCGAUCGUAAAGACCCGCUCGUGGGGCAGACUCACUUCUGUUUCCGUUUCAUACGACGGUGGUGGCUGUAACGUGUAACGAAUUAUAAUGAUGGAUGGCUGGAGUACCUGUACUUGCGGGCGCACGCUU